AUGGGUCGACAAAUGCACGUGUGGACGGUAUUGGGACUAUGCUUGGCGUCGGUGAUGGCGAUCCCCUUCAAGAGGGCGCCCAUGUAUGGAUGCAAAUCUGGGCAUUGUUCUAGUAAGUUGAGGGGAUUUUUUAAAAAAUUUUUUUUUGGGAUUUUGAGGAUUUAAAUAUAAAAAAAUCAUUUUAAAAAUUUUUUUUCAACUUUUGAAAAAAAAAUUUUUGGGAUUUUGAGGAUUUGAAUUUAAAAGAUCUCAUUUUAAAACCCUUUUUUUUUAUUUUUUGAAAAAAAAUCUGGAGUUUCAAAAUCAAACUUGCUCGAUAUUUUAUGAUUUUUUUUAAAAUUUUUCGACGCUUUUUUAUCUUUUUUAAAUUUUUUCCUAUUGUCACGUCGGUUUUUCUUACAAUUUCCUACUUUUUUUGCAACCUACAACAUAAUUCAACCCUAUAAUUAAACCCUGAGAACCAACGCGCUCUACCCAAUGUUCCUGAGAAUUUUCAACGCCUUUUUUUCAAUUAUUUUCUUAAUUUUCCGAACUUUUAUCAACCGACAAAACGUAGGCAAAUUAAAUUGGUAUAACCCAAUAAAUGUAAUGCAAUUUUGAAAUUGAAAUUUUAAUGAAAUUCUGCAAAAUUACAUCACAUUUUUCUCGACAUUUGCCACUUAUUCAAGCCUAUUAUCCAAUUUACUUCCGAAUUCGUCAUCCUUUUUAUCGAAUUCGGCACGAAAUCUCCUCCUCUCGAAUAGCGGGUUCACUAAUCAGCUGAUGGGGGAAAUGAGAUUUUUGGGGCCUGCGAAAUUUGAGUGUCAUCUGUUUUUUUCGCCAAAUAAAAACUUACAUUUUCAGUGUUGGUGAGUGUGCUACGUGAUCCGCGGAUGGUACCGAAUUGGAAUACAGACGCCUGGAACAAGGCGAUCACUCAAUUACACGCGUAUCAGCAGUUGUUUAGCAAUGGUAAGGCUUGAGAAACGGAUCGUAGAGGGGUUGGUUUUCAGUAACAAAAAUUUGUGAAUUUUUUUAUUACUCUGUACAACAAUUGCGUAAGAAAAAUUAACCUUAUGAUGAGCUUAUCCGAGAUUUACAGCUUGCACUUUGCGGACACCGCCGAUUUUUUUUGGUGGUCACCGGAAACGUUUUUUUCGCGAGCAUGCGUCGCGGCAAAAAGCCCUUGGAAUUUCUCGCUGCCCCCAAAUUCCGUCGCGCUCCGAAAAGUUGAUUUGUCGCUGCGAAAAACGGAAAAGGCAAAAAAACAAAAUUGCACUGUGCGAAUGCACUUUUCGGCCGGAUGCACGGUGCAAAAUGAUUUUUCGGGUUCAUGCACAGUGCAGAGUCGCAGAAAAUUCCGUCGCGCUCCGAAAAGUUGAUUUGUCGCUGUGAAAAAUGGGAAUCGCGCGCGACAAGGCAAAAAACAAAAAUUGCACUGUGCAAAUGCACUUUUUCGAACGGAUGCACGGUGCAUGGUGUUUUUUUCGGGUUCAUGCACAGUGCAGAGUCGCAGAAAAUUCCGUCGCACUCCGAAACGUUGAUUUGUCGCUGCGAAAAACGGGAAUCGCGCGCGACAAGGCAAAAAACAAAAUUGCACUGUGCGAAUCCACUUUUUCGGCCGGAUGCACGGUGCAAAAUGAUUUUUUCGGGUUCAUGCACAGUGCAGAGUCGCGGAAAAUUCCAAGGACGUUUUGUCGCAGCUGCGGCAAUUUUUUUUUGUUUUUCCUUUUGCUCUAACCGCUCUCCGUAUUUUGCAUGCUCUCUCGUCAGAAAGGCUCUUUGAAAAUCUCGGCUGUUUUUGUUGUGACGAAAUUUUUGAGUGAUAAAAAUGUAGCAAAUGUUAGGCAAAUGUGCAACGUAGAAUUAAUCGCGUCAAAGUUUCGAACUUUUCAAAAAAUCUUUUUUUUUUCUUUUCAAAGUACGUUUAGUCAGUUAUCAACUUCCUCCUUCGAAAAUAUUCGUCGCAAUUUCUGACGACUUGUUUGUCGUAUGCACCGAAUAACCCCUAAUUUGCGUGCUGAGUAUAAUUUGUGGGUCGAUUUCACAACUACUUUGAACUCGGUCCAAAAUUUUACGUCGGAAAUCAUUUUUGCUCAUAAAAAUUCUAUUAUUGUUGCGUUUCUGCAUUCAUAAUUUGGAGAGUAUUAUAAUGACGCUAAGAAUAGAGGUUGCGGAUUAAAAAACGCGCAAGAAACAAUGAUAUUGUGAAGAUGAUGAGGGUGAUGACUUAAAUUUCGCUUCCGUGGGAGCCGCGAAAGUUCUAUUUUUAGCCAAAUUUCGAGUUAAAAAGCGAACUUUUCGCCGCAAAAAUCUUUUUUAUAAUACUGUGGCCAUAAAUGUGCAUAGUUAAAGUUUUAAGAAAACGUCUUCCAUACUACAAAACCUCUCUAUAACGAACGCUUUUUAAGGCCGGAAUAGUCAUUUUUUGUCCAAAGUAAACCUCUGUGAAACAAUGCCCUUCUAUAACAAAUAAUUCUUUUAGACCUUUGCCAUUCAUUAUACAGGGUUUUAACAGUGCCUAGGAGGUUCUUCACCGGUUUUUAACAGUAAUCUAAUAGCCAAUUUUUCCCCUUUUUCCAAUUCAAAAAGGUUUACAAUUACGGUUCAGAAAACAAAUCGCAUUUUAAAAUUUGUAAAAUGCGAUUUUCAAAAGAUUUUUAAACCUUUUUAGAACAUUCAGCGAUGUUUCUAAGUCCGUAUUUUAUUGAAAAAAGUUUUCGUCAUCAGAUGAGUAUCAUCUCCGACUUCUGAAGAGUUUUUUGCGUCAUAUCUUGAGGUUUACGACUGGACUUUUGACUUCGUUGCCAAAAGGUUAUGCAAUGCCAAGAGUUUUGAUAUAAACUUUUGAAAUUAAUAGGGGCAAACAAGUCAAUUAUUUAUUGAAGUAGCUUUAAAAUUAAUUAAAAUUUAUGUUGUUGAACCUAUUUUUUAUCAUUUUUAUAACUUUGAAAAAGACAGUAUAAGUUCUGUACAGCAAAAUUCCAGUCAAAAUCUAUCUAUAAUAAACAAUUUCAUAGGUUCAAAAAAAGAAAUUUUACAGUUUGUCCAAAAUGAACCUUCCUACAAUAAAACCCUUCCAUAACCAACAAUUUUAAAGGUCUUGAUUUGUUGCGCAGAGUCUUAAAAUUUUUAACUUUUUUAAACACCUUAUUUCACAUUUCUUUUUUCCAGAAGAUGACAUCGAAGAUCCCGAAGAGAGCUCCCGCCGAAGACGACGUUCGCUGCCCGAAUUGGAACUCCCGCCUCGUUUUAUUCCAAUAAUAAAAAACUUUUAA